AGGUGGGUGACAUCCUGCAGAAUGGUUGGGGCUGAUGAAUAUUACAUGGCAUGGAGGUUGCUCUGGUGAGUUUGGAGAACGGGAGAGCCCCAGCCGUGGCUGGCAGCGCAGCGGAGGAUGGAGGGGGCACUGGCAUGGCUGGCAGCACAGCGGACAGGAGGGACCUGCUUCAAAUCCCCAGGGCACCAUCUUGGCUGAGCGACUACAGCCAAGGCAAGGAAGGGGAGAGCUGCCAGCUCCAGCUAGUCCCUCCACAGCCUCAGCAGCGACAUCAGCCACCAGGGACCGGGCAAGGAGGAGGAGGAGGCGGAGGUGGCUGUGGAGGAGGAGGUGUGGGCGCACGUUUGCACAGCAGCGACAUGAUCAUGAGCUAUCCUGGCAGUAACAUCAAGGAUGGUGAUGACAUCGACACGGUGAUCCGCCUGGAGGAAGACGAGCCCCAUGCUCACCACGACCACCCCGAGGAGGAGGAGGACCACCACUUCGACCUGGGCAUCAUGGACCACGAGAGCAACCAGCGGGUCAUCAUCAACAUCGCUGGCUUGAGGUUCGAGACCCAACUGUCCACGCUCAACCAGUUCCCCGACACUCUGCUGGGCGAUCCAGAGAAGAGGAUGAGGUUCUUCGACCCUUUGAGGAACGAGUACUUCUUUGAUAGGAACAGACCAAGCUUUGAUGGCAUCCUCUACUUCUACCAGUCUGGGGGCAAGAUCAGGCGCCCGGUCAACGUCUCUAUUGACGUGUUCGCAGAUGAAAUUCGCUUCUACGAGCUUGGGGAGGAGGCCAUGGAAAGGUUUAGGGAGGAUGAAGGCUUCCUAAAGGAUGAGGAAAAGCCCUUGCCCAAAAACGAGUUCCAGCGCCAAGUCUGGUUGAUCUUUGAGUAUCCUGAGAGUUCCAGCUCUGCUAGGGGUAUUGCCAUCGUCUCAGUGCUGGUCAUCCUCAUCUCCAUCAUCACCUUUUGUCUGGAGACCCUGCCCGAGUUUAGGGAUGAGAACGAGCUGCCCCCGACGCUGUCCAAGGUGCUUAAUGACACCCAGCAGCCUUCUCCCCCCAGCGGCUUGACGGAUCCCUUUUUCAUCAUAGAGACCACCUGUGUUAUUUGGUUUACCUUCGAGCUCCUGGUAAGGUUCUUCGCCUGCCCGAGCAAGCCUGAGUUCUCCAAGAACAUCAUGAACAUUAUUGACAUCGUGGCCAUCAUCCCAUACUUUAUCACCCUGGGGACAGAACUGGCCGAGCAGCAGGGUAACAAUGGACAGCAGGCCAUGUCUCUGGCCAUCCUCAGGGUCAUUCGCUUGGUAAGGGUCUUCAGAAUAUUCAAGCUUUCCAGGCACUCCAAGGGCCUUCAGAUAUUGGGGCAAACUCUCAAGGCUAGCAUGAGGGAAUUGGGGCUUCUAAUAUUCUUCCUCUUCAUCGGAGUCAUCUUGUUCUCCAGCGCUGUCUACUUUGCUGAAGCUGAUGAUCCAGACUCUCAUUUCUCUAGCAUCCCCGAUGCUUUCUGGUGGGCCGUGGUCACCAUGACCACAGUGGGCUAUGGGGACAUGAGACCAGUAACAGUUGGGGGUAAAAUCGUGGGUUCCUUAUGUGCCAUCGCUGGUGUCCUUACUAUCGCUUUACCCGUCCCUGUUAUAGUCUCCAACUUCAAUUACUUCUACCACCGAGAAACUGACCACGAAGAACAGGUCAUCCUCAAAGAGGAGGCCAGCAGUGCACAGGGCAGUUGUGCUGGAGAACUUAAGAGAAGUCCCAGCAAGGUUUCCCUCAACAAGUCUGUAGUCCACUUGGACAAUGUUGAAGGCAUCAACAAUGGUACUGGCUCCCUUGAGAAAUCAAACAUCAAAGCCAAGAGCAACAUGGACCUUAGAAAGUCAUUAUAUGCUCUGUGUCUAGACACUAAUAGAGAAACAGACCUUUAGGGUCCUGGAACCCAAAUUAACAAACUAGCACAGGUAAACAUUGAAUAAUGGAAUUUUUUUUUAUUGAAAAA